AUGGAGACAGGUUGCCGUGGCGCUGGGGUUGGCAGACUGCGCAUGCUGCAUCCUGUCGGCGUGGUGCACAGGAAGUGCUCGCCCCAUCCUCUGGGCAGCACUACACUGCCCCAGAGCACAGACACUGCCAGAGAGAGAGAGAGAGAGAGAGAGAGAGAGAGAGAGAGAGAGAGAGAG